AUGGACUUCCUGCCGCGAGUGACAGUCGAGCCGGCCCAUGGACAAUUGCACAUCCCCUACCUAUGCCCACCAAUAGUCGACUCCAAGCCCACCGAAGUCACGAAACCAGGAGACGGAAAGCACAAAGAAAAUGGCUGCGUAACGAGGCUGCCCACGCAAGACGAAGCGGCAGCUCUACAACAUAGCCUAUACUUUGGGCUUCUGGAAGCAGCCACAAAGCCUGACAUCGAUCUUGAACGAGAAGACUUCCUGACCAGUUCAAGCUCAGGACAGCUAGUUGUGUCGGCUAGCCGGCUUCCUUCUGUCUUGAAACGGUGGAGAAACAUCCGAGCAAAGCGGCAGUCUGAUCGACAGUUGCCUUCAGGUGCAGAGAUGGAGGCACAACUUUCAGCUACAGUAGUGACCCUGAAGAGCGCCAUGGCUAGGUUGCCACACGAGUGUUUGCAUGCCUUCCAAGACGGCUUACCUGCGCCACUACCACUUGUCAUUCUCUCGAUCCAAGCACUGAUCGAGACAAUAUGGGACACUCGGAUCUUGCAAGACCAGUGGCCUUUUCAACAAGUAGUAGAAAAUCCGAGCUUCUACUGGAUCGAGAGCCCCUUUAUUGAUCGACUGCUUAGCGAUGCAGGCUGGCUUCCUGACGAGAUUUGUCACAUGCCCAAAGACAUUCGUUUCCGUUACUACUUGAGUCUGUUUUCGCGAAACCAAGUUUUACAUCCUAGCUCGCGCAAAUUGUCGACCCUUUCUGACAAGAACAAAGCCGGGAAAGACCACUAUUCUGCCAUCCAUGUAGGGCUACAUUGUCAAUGCAAAUUACUCUCGUCCAAGCUACCCGCAACACAAGACCUCAAGGACUCCUUCUUCCUAGUCUCGCUAACUGGCCUGACUGGAAGUGAGACACUGCAGGUGCACCAGGCCUCUGUCUUGUUGAGAGAGGACAACAUCCCCUUCGUUGCCUUCUCUCAUGUCCGUGCCGAUGGGCUCGGCUCAAGCGAAUCGAACAGUCUUCCUACGUGUCAAAUUUCGCUCCUGCAACAGAUGAGCAAUCAACUCUUCCCGACGGCUCCGCAGCCAGUACCGUUCUAUGUCGACACCCUCUGUGUUCCUCUUGGUGGAAGUGCAAAGCGUUCUGCUCUCAGGAAUCUUCAAUAUGUCUUCAAAUUCGCUCGGAAAGUCUUGGUGUUAGACUCGGGUCUCCGCCAUACGCCUGUGGGUUUGCCCCAGGAGAACCUCACUAGAAUUCGGUAUUCACUCUGGGCCAAACGUCUAUGGACUGUUCAGGAAUGUGCCGUGUCACGAGACGUUAGCUUCCGCUUUCUAGAUCGAAACUUGUCACUCACGGAUUUAUUGGCUUCAUACGAUCAGGACGGUGAGUUCCCUCUCCUUCGCAUGCAGGCUCUCAAGGACAGGAACUUGGUAGGUUUCGGGGAAGGAGAUUAUGAGGACUUGGCCACCUCUCUAGAGUUACUGAGCGAUGAUAUACAUCUGGCUGAGUCCUUGCGGCAUGCCAUCCGUGAAGAGGACCAGCACAAUAUUUACAGCCUGAGCCAAGCUUGCGACAAGAGUCGAUUACGGAGCAUUCUUCGACUGGGUCUUUUGGCAAUGCCGUCGAUGAGGUAUUUUUCUGAAGCGGCCGAGUCGGCAGAUUUCGAAACGGUUGCGAAAGGGCUUUUGCGAUCGUACGCAAGCCAUCGUUCAAACGGCUUGAAAAGGGUCCCAACAGCAUCUAGGAACCCUGAAGAGCUUUACCGUCGUCUCAGGACGAUCCAGGCGCUACAUUUAGUGUCCAUUUGA